CCCUCCCACUCGCGCUCGCUCUAUGGCGGCGAUCGCCUCUCGCCAUCUCGGAUGGUAGUUUCCACGACCUGAGGCAGAUCCGCUUGUGCCGGGCGACCGAUCCGCUCCGCCGGCGAGGUCCACGUCCGCCGUCCGCCGCGUUAUGGUCAGAUCCAGGCGGUCGGGCGGCUCGGCUUCUUGAACGCCGUCGGCGGAUCUUGAUUACGGGAUGAUGCCGACGAUCUGUCGCGGUGGAGCCACCCCCCGGCGCUGGAUUCGCUUGGUGAGUUAGAUUUGGAGCUGUUUUUUUUAUGCCGAAUCUUGUGCUUGGAUCCGGAGAUCUGCGGUUUCUAUAGGCUAGUUUAGAUACAUACACACGAUUCUUUGCAUGAAGAAUAAGGGAAAAGGAAAUGGAGGAGGUCCGGAGGAACCUUUGAUUUUUCCGCCGUCUUUUGGUGAAGUUCUUGAAGUUGGCGGUGGCUGUUCCUAUGAGUAGUCUAUGCACAAUCACAUGAGUUCUGAUGCUUUUGAGCUGUUCAUUUGAGGAGCUCAGCGAGAAAAGAGACUGACAUAACUUGCCAAGAAUCAUGGUUGCUGUUCCAAGUUGUUAUCUUUUGCAGCUUUUCGGAUCUUUGGAUGAGGACUGUGGUUCUUUUCAGAAGUAUUUGCUGGCUUACCUGCUAUUAGCAAAAAAUGGGAACAUUUUAGAGGAGGUGAAAAGGGAUAUAUUUGACAGAGAUGUGAAUGUGCAGAGUUUGAAUCUUACAGGGUUAAAUUUGAGGAGUGUGGUUAAGGCACGGCCUGGAGGUGGUUAUACUGAUCAAAGAUCAAAUUACCAUCUUUUUCCAGGACUUUAUGAUGAUAUUACACUAGAUUGUCUGGCCUUAACAUGUAGGUCUGACUACCCUUCGCUUGCCUGUCUGAACAGAAAGUUUAACUCGCUGAUUCGUAGUGGAUAUCUUUACAAAUUAAGGAGACAGCAUGGUGUUAUUGAGCACUGGGUUUAUCUGGCAUGUAGUUUAAUGCCUUGGGAAGCAUAUGAUCCUUUUAGGCGUAGAUGGAUGAGGCUACCAAGGAUGCCAUGUGAUGAUUGCUUCUCUUGUGCAGACAAGGAGUCUCUUGCUGUUGGGACCCAACUUCUUGUUUUUGGACGGGAAGUUACAGGUUUUGCCAUUUGGAUGUACAGUUUGGUGAGGCGUGAUUGGUCUAGAUGUCCACCUAUGAACUUACCUCGUUGUCUGUUUGGAUCCGGAAGCUCAGGGGACAUUGCGAUUGUUGCUGGUGGAAGUGAUAUGGCUGGCCAUGUUUUGAAGUGUUCUGAGAUGUACAAUUCAGAGUUUGGUACUUGGGAGACUUUACCAGAUAUGAAUGUACCAAGGCGAUUAUGUUCUGGUUUUUUUAUGGAUGGAAAAUUUUAUGUUAUAGGGGGCAUGUCAAGUCAUACAGAUUCUUUAACGUGUGGCGAGGAGUAUAACCUUGAAACAAGAGCAUGGAGAAGAAUUUGGAAUAUGUAUCCUGGUGGCAAUAGGGCUACUCAGUCUCCCCCUUUGGUUGCAGUUGUAAAUAAUCAGCUAUAUGCUGCAGAUCAAUCUACAAAUGAAGUUAAGAAAUAUGAUAAGGCAAAUAACAUUUGGAAUGUUGUAAGAACAUUGCCUGUGAGAGCUGACUCUUCUAAUGGUUGGGGUCUUGCAUUCAAGCCAUGUGGUGAUAAAUUGUUAGUCAUCGGUGGUCAUAGAGGGCCUCAAGGUGAAGUAAUUGUUUUGCACUAUUGGUGUCCUGAAGAUGGAAAUGUGGGUGGAGCAGACUGGGAUGUGCUUUCUAUCAAAGAAAGAGCUGGUGCUUUUGUUUACAAUUGUGCAAUAAUGGGUUGUUGAAGCAUGCAAAUGCAUGCUGAUUAUAAAUCAUGGAUUAAUCAGGAAUUUCUGCCAUUUUUAAUUGAUGAAAUGUCUUAUUUUACUGGGUAAUUUUUUUGCUUCAAGAAUUUGAUAACUUGUAUUGAUUGAUGAAUGCUACUUUGUGCUCUCACAAUGAAUGUCUCUUGAGACAAAUCAGACCAUUGACCUAAUGUGAAGACUUCUUUUUCUUUUC